UCUGUCCAAUACGUGUUUGUGAAUAACAUUUCCAAGGAACUACAGAGUAUAGAAUUGUAUCGACAUUUACGUUGUGUCGUCAUACGCGGUGUAUUUUCACAUACUUUGCGUUAACUUACAUUGGUGUCUAAUUUUCAUAAUAGUUAUAAACAUUCAAAUUUUUAGUGGAUUUUGCUUAUUUCUAGCAAUUUGGAAUUUCUAAUGAUGUCAAAGUUUUUACUACUCCUUUGCUUUACUGCACUCCACGUUCUGGGUGAAGGUCAAGAAAAUAUUUUAUCUAAAAAUGAGGAUAUUGUCACUAAUGGAACAUCUUUACAAAAUGAGCAACAUUUUGAAACAAAUAUUCCAUCAAAUAAGAUAUUUUCCCCGGUACCUGUGUCAGAUCCGUUAGGCACAAACAAAAAUAAAUUAAAGCCAGAAGAGGCUUUAACGAGUCAAAGUCCUAACCAAACUCGUACAGUUAUUCCCAAUGAUCACCAAUCAUCUGCUAUGUCACUAGAUACAUCAGCUACCUUAAGUUAUACAAAUGAAACAACUACGAAACAGAUUUUACAUACAACAAUUAAUCCAGCAGUUAUACAAGCUACAGUAAAUUCUACAUUGUCUUCUCAUACUGCUAGGAAGUGGGUAAUUGGUAAUGGAACAGAUAAAGCCUGUAUUGUAGUACAGAUGUCUGUGGAGUUUAAUAUCUCUUAUAUUAAUGACAACAAAAUGAAAUCCUUUAAGGUAUUUGAUAUACCAGCAGACAAUGCAACUACGAAAGCAAGUGGAUAUUGUGGCAAGUUGGAGCAAAAUUUGACAUUAGAAUGGUCUUCUAAAAAUGUAACUAAUGCUAGUAUGACACUGCAUUUUAUAAGAAAUGUAACUGAGAAUGACUACUCUCUUCAUCAUUUGGAGCUUGUUCUUCCACCAACAAAUUUUCCAAAUACCACACUGAAUGAAUCAGUGGUUCUGGCGCAUAAAGUACCUAAUUUUGUGGUGAAAGUAUCAAAUUCCUACAGAUGCUUGAAACAACAGACGCUCAACUUAAAACAAAAUAACAGUAAUGAAACAUCUGGAUAUCUAAGUAUAUCAGAUUUCCAAUUUCAAGCAUUUAAAGUAGAUAAUUCUACUGUUUUUGGUUUAGCUAAAGAUUGCGCUUUUGAUACACCGGAUGUUGUACCAAUAGCAGUAGGCUGUGCACUGGCAGGAUUAGUGGUUAUAGUGUUGAUCGCAUACUUGAUUGGUCGUCGUCGAAAUCAAGCUCAUGGUUAUCUUAGCAUGUAACGUUAAAAUGUUUUUAUCUUUAACUUGUUUCGUGUAAUUCAAUGGAAAUUUCCUUAUUUAGUUUAUAUUAUGUAUCGUAAUGUUAACUGCAAAAUCUGGCGAGAAAUAUUUCUCAAAAAUUAUAUGUUAAACAUUACAAUUCAAAGAUAUUUAAGAAGUACUAUUAACAGAAAAAUAAAGUUAUGUAAAAUUUAUGAUUAUUGCAAAUCGUGUGUACGAUGUUUUUCAGUUAUAAAAUUUUUUAUUUACAUAUUCAAAUAAUAAAGUGAUACCAUAUAUAA